CUUGAGAGACGCAAAUGUACCAUGAGGCUUAUCUUGCGUCAUCUGAAUUCAAUUGGAGUGAUCAACAAAUUUGAUUCCUUUCUUCUACGUUACCAUACGAAAUCGCUUAAAUCUAACCACACGUUGAAGCAUUACCUUGAAUCUGGGGAACCAAUCAAAGCUCUUUUAAAUUUCCGGCAUCGAUUCAGAAAAAGUCCAAGCUUUAUCGACAGUUUCUCUGUUUUGUUUGCUAUCAAAGCUUCGUCAGCUCAGAAAGGUUCUUCAUUUGACGGUAGACAGAUCCAUACUAUUGUCAGGAAGCUAGGGUUCAAUACCGUGAUUCAAAUUCAAACAUCACUAGUUGGUUUUUACUCUGCGGCGAGUGAUGUCGAUGAUGCACGCCAAGUGUUCGACGAAACGCUUGAGAAACAGAGUAUUGUCUUGUGGACAGCGAUGAUCUCGGCUUACAAUGAGAAUCACAGGUCUGUGGAAGCUAUUGAGCUGUUUCAACGAAUGGAAGCGGAAAAGAUCGAACUUGAUGAAGUGAUUGUGACUGUGGCUUUAUCGGCUUGUGCUGAUCUAGGGGCGGUGCAGAUGGGAGAACGGAUUUAUUCGUGUGGCGUCAAGAGGAAAAGAAGAAUGGGUAUGGAUUUAACUCUGAGAAACUCACUUCUUAACAUGUAUGUGAAAUCUGGGGAAGUUGAGAAAGCGAGGAAACUCUUUGAUGAAACCAUUGGAAAAGAUGUGACUACUUACACAUCUAUGAUCUUCGGGUAUGCUUUAAACGGUCAAGCUCAAGAAUCUUUAGAACUUUUCAAGAAAAUGAAGACCAUUGAUCAGAGCCAAGACGUUGUUAUUACUCCAAAUGAUGUGACUUUCAUCGGCGUCUUGAUGGCUUGUAGUCACGGUGGAUUAGUAGAAGAAGGAAAACGACAUUUCAAGAGCAUGACUGAGGAUUACAAUCUCAAACCUAGAGAAGCUCAUUUCGGGUGUAUGGUCGAUUUGUUUUGUCGCUCAGGUCAUUUGAAAGAUGCUCACGAGUUCAUAAAUCAGAUGCCGAUAAAGCCAAACGCUGUGCUAUGGAGAACGCUUCUUAGCGCUUGCUGUCUUCAAGGAAAUGUUGAGCUAGGAGAAGAAGUUCAAAGACGGAUCUUUGAGUUAGACCAUGAUCAUGUCGGAGAUUAUGUUGCGCUGUCGAAUAUAUAUGCAUCGAAAGGAAUGUGGGAUGAGAAAUGGAAGAUGAGGGAUCGUGUGAGGAAGAGAAGAGUGCCUGGUAAAAGCUGGAUUGAGCUCGGAAGCAUUAUCACCGAGUUUGUUUCAGGACAUGAUGACAAUGAAAAGAAGCAGCUGAUGAUGGGAGAGAUUAGUGAGGUUUUGAGGUGUUUAGUUUCUUGUAUGACAAGUUUAGAUUAUGUACUUUAGAAUUUUAACGAAAAAAUCACACUUUCAAAGUU